AUGGCAUCAUCUGUCGGUUAUAAACGAAAAAUAGCCUUAGUUAUUGGUAUUAAUCGAUAUCCACGUGAUUCAUUACAAUAUUGCAUAAAUGAUGCUACUGAUUUAGCAAUUACUCUUAAAAAUAUUGGCUUCAAGAUUUCAUUGGGUUUAGAUUGUGACCUGUACGCUUUUUCAAGUAAAAUUAAUACAUUUGUCGAAACAAUUGAACCUGAUGAUUUAGUAUUAUUUUAUUAUGCUGGUCAUGGUAAACAAAAUAAUAAUGAAAAUUAUUUAUUACCAUAUAUUUAUGAUUAUGGCGAAGGUAAACAUGAUUAUAUGGUAAAUAAUGGUAUUAAUGUACAACAUAUAAUGAAGAAAAUAAAGGAAAAAGAAUGUCGAACUACAAUUUAUUUAUUUGAUUGCUUUAGAUCGAAAAUAGGAACUGGAAGUUCUAAUAGCAAACAAGGUUUAUCGUCUAUAAAUGCUCCAGAUCAAACUUUAGUUGUAUUUGCUUGUGCUCCGGGUACAAUACUAUUAGAUGAAACAAAAAAUAAUAACAAUGGAUGUUUUAUUGAAAAUUUAUUAAAACAUAUUGCAACACCUAAUAAAGAUAUCGAUGAAGUAAUGAAAAUUGUUGCCGGUAAUGUUCAUCGACAAACAGAGGGAUUUCAAUUGCCAUAUCGAACAAGUUCACUUAUAGACACAGUUUAUUUAGUGACAAAUAACAAUCAAGAAUCAAAUGUAACAAGUUUAUUAUCAAAACCACCUGUAUAUAGAAAUCGAGAACUUGAACGAACGAUUAUGAUGUGCCAAGAUCAAUCACUCCGAUCAUUUGAUCGUAUGAAAUUGACUGAUGCUGAUAUGGAAAUAGUGGCUUAUUAUUUACUAAAAGAAAAUACGGUAAAGUCUUAA